UAAAGAAUGAACCUUAGUUAUGAUUUAGCAACAGUCACAAACCCCGUGGAUGAUGUGCCUCCCUUGGGACUUUCAGUUUGUCAACAAGUUUAUCUAGAAUUGGCAAUGCUGGCAAUGAUGGUCGUUCCUUGGAUAAGUUUGAAAAUUUCAUAAUGACUAGCCCUAUCUAUAACCACCUCAGCACUCUUAUGUUUGUUAACCUACAUGAUGCUAAUAAUUCUGGUGGUCUACUUCUACAUUUUUUUUAUGGCACAAGGAAAGAGGGUCUUGGAAUUUUACAUGGCAGGUAUAAUAAAUAAAAUAAUGAGGGUGAAUUCAUCUUCAAAAAGGAGAAUACCUAACUCUUGAUUUUAUCUACCAUAAUCACAUUCAUUUCCUUUUUCACUCUGACAAUCCUGUUUCUCUCUGCAUAAAACACGAAGCUUUACAAAUCAUACUUUGAUGAAUCAAACACUUC